AUGGCAGAUGAAUCUAUAGUCUUAGUAGCAGCUAUAGAGAAAAUGAGUAUUUCAACUGAGAAUGUGAAUAUUCAACUGAAUAAUAUAUGUUAUAUUUUGAAGCUAGAGAAUAAUAAGUUUUACAAUGUAUUUGAAUGA